AUGGAGAAAGCAGAAAAGGAGAGCUUCAUCAUGUCACUACUCGCCAGGGACCAGCAGAGCAGCAGCGGCCUCCGUGUUAAGUCGCCGGAGGAGGACUCUCACGCCGCCAGCUUCUCCAGCUCCCUCGCCAACCUCCACUCCUUUCUCGCCGCCAGCUCCCAGCAUCAGUCGUUACUCCCUCUCUCCCUCUUUGCUCCACAAACCUCACCACCGCCGCCGCAGACGCUCUACCACCCCCAGCCCCAAUACGGCGGCGUUUCGCCGGCUCAGUCGCUCAGCGACUACGCCUCCAUCUUCAACCACCUCCCGGACCUCCUCUCCCUCGACCACUCUCCCUCCUACCACCACCUUCACCCCUCCCCGGCCGCCGCCUCCUCUCCGGUAGCGCCACGUGGCAGCAGGAUCGCGAGGAAGAGGCGUCAGACGCUGGCGGACAAGACGCGGUGCCUGCAGAAGCUGCUGCCGUGGGAGAAGAAGAUGGACAUCGCCACCAUGCUCGAGGCGGCGCACCGCUACGUCCGCUUCCUCCAGGCUCAGGUCGCCGCGCUCCACGCCAUGCCCAUCGUCGCCUCCGACUCCACCGGCUCCCUCCCCGUCCUGACACGCGGCGGAGGAGACGGAGGAGGAGAGGUGGCGGUGCUGUCGAGGCUGAGCCGGAGCCAGCUGUUGCAGGUGGUGGUGAACUCGCAGGUGGCGCAGAUGAGGCUGUCGGAUCUGGAGAGGUGUGUGUUCUCGGUGGAGCAGCUGGCUUUGCUGAACAAGAGGAGCGUCAUCAGGUCCGCCAUGGUCGCCGCCGCUGCUUCGGCUUCAGGUUCAGUUUCAGGCCAUAAUUACUAUCCGGCCCCAAGUAGCAUCAUUGACUCUACGGCUUCUGCCUCUGCUACUAAUUAAGCUUCUGCUGCUUAAUCAGGUUAUUAACAAUGGGCCACUCUGCUAAUUUUGCUACACUGCAGGGUUUAGGGUUUCUAUUUAGGAUUAAUAAUUACUGUUUGCUUGUAAGUUUUAUGAGUCAGUGGGUUCAUAUGGACAGAAAAGCUGUUGGAUUUUGGC